GUCUCAAAACCUAGAGUCCUUUGUCUGCAUUUAGCUUCCCCUCUUGCUCACGAUGGCCUUGGCUAACUUCGCUAAGUUGAAUACAAUGCAGCAACUGAUGAAAACUGACAGGAACGUGCCUACUAUGUCGGACGACACAAUCCUUGUCAAGAAAAUACUGGCAGAUCAUAAUCCUGAUGGACUAGAGCAUGACGUCAAGCCACUCCUCCGUCUUGUUGAAGACAUUCUUAAACAUGCCACCUUGGAAUCUGAAGGUGUUUCAAUGGGUACCAUGGGAAUUGGUGAUCAAGUUGAUGACAGAGACCACCCUGCCAGCUACUUCACCGUCAUGGAGAGUCUAGCCUACAGGAUAGAUCGGAUAGCCUGCGAGAUUUCCUACAAGGCUCUAAGUGGCGUGGAUGCGCACACCACAACAGUUUCAAUAUUUGACAUGCUUACAAAUUUCAAGUGGGAUGUGAAGUUGGUGCUGGUCUUGGCUGCUUUUGCUCUGAGCUAUGGAGAAUUUUGGCUGCUCGCCCAUAUUCAUUCCACAAACUCUCUGGCCAAAUCAAUGGCUGUCCUGAAGCAACUUCCUGGUAUCAUGGAGCAUGCUGGCCCAUUGAAACCAAGGUUUGAUGCGCUUAAUGAUCUUGUCAGGGUCAUAUUGGAGGUUACAAGAUGUGUCAUUGAGUUCAAUGACCUGCCUCAGACAUACAUCACCCCAGAUGUGUCAAGCUACACCACUGCCUCUGCCCAUAUCCCCAUUGCUUCCUACUGGAGCGUUAGGGGCAUUAUUGCUUGCGCCACUCAGAUUACAAGCCUCACUACUAUGGGCUAUGAGUUCAUGCUGUCAACCACAGAGGCUUGGGAGCUAUCCACUUUGGGUCACAAGCUCAAAACCAUCCUUGAGCAUCUCAGGAAGCACCUGGAUGUCUGCUACAAAUACAUUGAGAAAAAGAUGGAUGCCGAAGCCUAUGAAAUGCUGUGCGAUCUCUUCAGGAUGAUUCACAUUGACAACAUGAGGGUUCUAAAGGCUCUGAUAUAUGCUAGGGAUGAUUUACUCCCUCUCUACGACGGUGCUACUAGGAAAAGGGUUGGGAUUGAUGUGCUGAGGAGGAAAAACGUGUUGCUGCUAAUCUCGGGUCUGGAUUUCUCCCACGACGAGCUGCUAAUCCUUGAACAGAUAUACAAUGAAUCGAGGGUACACGCAACAAAGCUGGAGAACAGAUAUGAGUUGGUGUGGAUCCCAGUUGUGGAUCGUCUCACCGGCGAUCAAAUGACAGAGCAACAGCAAAGGCAGUUCGAGAACCUGAGAGAGACGAUGCCGUGGUACUCUGUGUAUCAUCCUUCAUUGAUAAGCAAGGCAGUGCUUAUGUUCGUCCGAAACGAAUGGAAGUACAAGAACAAGCCAAUCCUGGUAGUGUUGGAUCCUCAGGGCAGGGUAGUAUGCCCUAACGCCAUCCACAUGAUGUGGAUUUGGGGAAGCAGCGCCUUCCCUUUCACCAGCUCAAAAGAAGAAGCCCUCUGGAGGGAAGAAAGCUGGCGUCUGGAGCUCGUCGUCGACGGUAUCGACACCGAAAUACUCAACUGGAUGAAGGAUGGGAAGUUCAUAUUUCUGUACGGAGGAGAUGACUAUGUGUGGGUGAGGAACUUCGUGAGGGAAGCAAGGAGGGUACAAAUGGCGGCACGCAUACCAUUAGAGAUGGUGUAUGUAGGGAAGAGCACGAAGAAGGAUCAGGUACGGCGAGUUCUUGAGAGCAUAAUGCAGGACAAGCUCAACACUCACAGCUGGCAAGAGCAGAGCAUGAUCUGGUUCUUCUGGACCCGACUCGAGAGCAUGCUGUUCUCCAAGAUUCAGCUGCAGCAAGCCGAUGAUCAUGACCUGGUGAUGCAAGAGAUCAAGAGGCUUCUGAGCUAUGACAAACUGGGCGGAUGGGUAAUUCUGGCAAAAGGGUCUCGCAUUGUGGUGAACGGCCAUGCCAAUACUGGGUUACAGACCCUGAUGGAGUACGACACUAUGUGGAUGCAGAAAGCUGAGAAAGAUGGUUUCGAUAAUGCUUUUGCAGAGCAUUACAGGAAGCUUCAUGCAGUAGAGAAUCCGUGUUGCAGAUUCGAGUUUUCUCAUGCGAUGGGCAGAAUUCCAGAGAGGCUGAGGUGCCCUGAGUGCCAGCGUCACAUGAACGUUCUUACCACCUUCCAGUGCUGCCACGAUGAAGCUGCCGAUGAGGCGUUCGUGGUCAGCGCCGUGUCUCCUCCCACCAUAUAAUCCAACACACACGCCUCCACAUGUUCUCGUCACUGUUCUGUUUCAUCCCGUUAAUUUCAAUUCUGUGUGUUUUUGUUACGUACUCACCCCCCAUGAGUGGCCAAGGACGUACGGUUUCGCUCAGCCAUCGCACGUCCUCGUGUGCCUUUUCACGCUGAGGGGAGUGAUCCUUUAUUUUGUCAAGAGCUGCUUGUCAUGUGAUUGAUAUCAAUCAAUAAUACCGCA